CCCGGAAGAAGCGAGAAAUACUAGCAUGGAGGCUCCAGUGACUCGUCGAUGUUGCCAAACUGCGUGAAAACCAAAAGCUUGGUGGCGAGUGAAGAGCGCAAGUCAACAAAUUUUCGCCGUAAAAUGACGGCGCGGCAACCGCACGCGACUGACGAUAACGUUUCGCGUCACAGCUCCUUGGAGAACGAGCCAUCCGUUCCAAGGCUGGACUUCAGUCCAUGAGCAGCUUGGGCUACAUUGAGAACUACUACAAGAGCAUUAGACUAUUCAAAGGCUUGUGAUUCGACCAGCAUGGACUACAAGCCCCUGAAGCCUCCUAUGGGCUUCACGUCUCUGGCCGAUCUGGCAACGACGCCGCUGGAAUCAGACGUCAGUGUCAUAGGAGUCGUCGUCGACUUCAUGCCCCCUGCACCUACACGAGGCACAGACUACGCGUGCAGCAUAUUCUUACAGGAUUCUUCGUUCUUGGGCAGUCAUCAUAACCAAACCGGGAUACGCGUCAGACUGUUCCGGCCGCCUGAUCAGAUGCCCAAGAGGGUAGAGUUGGGCGACAUCGUCCUGGUGCGAGAUACACAGUGGAGAGCAAUCGGCGGAAACAACUGUCUAGUAGAUCGAUACAAAUCCGCCGACUACGUUUUUUUCCCCAGUAAAUCUAUACCCGAGAGUGCCUUCAAAGCCCCACACGUAGUCUCCGAAUCACAACCCAUUAUCCACAGCACCCUGCCCAACAAGAUUGUUAAAGCGCCGAGCGCUGAGGAGCAAGACUACAUCAUCCAGCUGCGGGAAUGGGCGAAGGGCCAUUCUGACUGGUUGCCACAACCAGGAGAGGCCUUAAGACAAACCCAUCCUCCACACAAGAGUUCAGAGACGGGCGGCACGAUUCACUCUUUGCCUUCCAAACCUGGGUUUUCUGGUGUGCCGACGGGACCAGCGAUGGGCCUUCGCCACGUGACUUCCAAAUUUGCAUUUCUUAAAGACGUACAGAAUGGAAAAUUCCACGACCUUGCUGGAGAGGUGAUCAAGCUCUGGGAUGCAAACCAUGUGGUCGACUUGUACAUCAGCGAUUACACUUUCAAUCCGUUGCUGUUUGACUACAAGGACAACAGCGAGACUGGUGACGGUCGAGAGGGUGAUCCGUAUGGCUACACAACUUCGGUCAAGUCCAAGUCAAAGUGGAAAGGUCCCUGGGGUAAGCACACCAUUUGCAUCGCCCUGUUUGAACCGCAUGCGUCAUACGCAAGGCGGGAAAUAAAGGAAGGCGAUUUCGUGCGUGUGCACAAUGCGCGGUGCUUCGUCAAGGACGGCCAAACGCUCCAAGCGAGACUGCAUGAGGAUAAGCGACAUCCGGAUCAGGUCGACAUAACGAAACUGUCCUUCCAGCACGAGUUGUACAAGGCCAUCAACGUGCUCAAGGAGCAAUAUUGGAGCAAGAGGGAGACCAAGGGCAAAACGUCGGGGAGCAAGGCCGAAAAGAAGAAAAAGAGGAAAAAGAGGAAGGAACAGGAGGAGAAAGAGGCCAAAGCUAGAGAAGCAGGGAAAGCCAUGGCCGCUGAAGAAGACGACGACGCGGAAAAUGCAUCACACUUUGUCAAAGAGAAGCGUGACAUGCUCAACCAAAAAGUCGCGGCAGCAAAUCAGGACAGACCAUUACUUACACUAACCAAGAUCCUCGAAACGCCAUAUCGGGUCUAUCGCGACAGGCAGGGAGAAGAGCAAACACUCCCAUUUAUCAACCAGAAGUGCAAGAGUCGAGUACGCGUCGUUGAUUUCUUCCCGCCAGACUUGGCCGAUUUCGCCCAAUGCUUGGAUGACCCAGGUUACCAUGACGUUCAAUCGACUUGUGAGGGUUCAACUUUCACGACGGACAACGGCUCGCCAAAGUCUUCGCGUUGGGAAUGGGCGUUCUACCUUUUAGUGGAAGAUGCCAGGCCUACGCCCGGCCAGGAGCCCACACGAAUUCCACUGCUCGUUCACGGGCCUGAUGCAGAGUUCUUGCUUAAAUUAGAGGCUACAGACCUACGCUACAACCUCGAAAUCCAGAGCCAGCUCCGGCGAAAACUAUGGACGUUGUGGGGCGAUCUUGAAGAGCUGAAGUCCGAGGGGAAGCUUGCCGAAAACAGAAAACCGGCAAAUCACCCCUUCGAGUGCUGCAUUGACGAAUAUGGUGUUUGGAUUGGAGACGAGCAUUCUGGCGAAUGGAAACGAAUGCAUCGCAUCAAGCAGACGACCAUUCGGGACUGAGAGAAACCGACUGGACUGAGACAUUUUUUGGGAAAGGGGGCUUUCGUGGCCUGAAGCUGUGGGCCUGGCCCGGUUUUUCUUUUCGGCAGCGUUUAUUGAUACUCCAUGAGUGCAAUCCAUGCGCGAUCAACUCCGUUAGGG